AUGGCAGCAUCCCCAACCUUGUCGACUGUUCCCGAGCUCCGGUACGAGGAUAUGACUGGAGAAGAGUUGGCACAGGAAGUGGCCGACUUGAGUGGAUUGACUGUCGAAGAGCUCACUGGUUGCGCUGCACCUGUCUGCAGGAAUCCCGGACAACCGGGAAGAUUUGAUCAGACUGGCAACUGGCGAGUCAUUUGUUCACAAGAGUGCACCCCGAUCCGAAUGCAGCCGGAGUGCUUGUGGCGGAAGUCCCACUGGAGACAAAUGCAGAUGAGGACUGGCCCGAAUGAGGCCACUGCCUCGGCAGCUGCUCCUGCCGCGAAUGCUGCGAAUGCCUCGGAGACUGCAACUGCCUCGACUGGGAGAUCGUGGACGGCUCCCCCGAUUGACGCGACGCACCUGAUGUGCGAGAGAGUGUGGGAACACCCACUGUCAAGGAAUGGCAAAGGGAAUCGGGAAGUGUGUCACGCACUGAACCUGAUGAAUCUCGGCACAGAGUUGAAGAAGAUUUGGAGACGACUGGAUGACUAUGUCACUGUCGACAGCCGAGAUGUGAAGGACAAGAUCGAGACUGACGCGUGCGAAAUGGCCAACAAAAUGAUGGAGGCACAGGUCAGACUGGCCGAAGCUGUUUACAAGAGAGAGUGGAGUGAGGAAUGCCCCAUUAUCUCCCUCCACCUGACGAAAGUCUCCAACAAUGUCAAUCAGUGCAUGCUGGAGCCUGGCUGGUUCGCAAUGACCAAGGCGGAGAGAAUGUUCCUCACCAAGGGAACCUGGGAGAUCAAAUGGCACAUGGACCCGAAUGACUAUGACAACCUGGUCCAGGAUUUGGUCCAUGUCUACGACUGGAUCCUACUGCCAUCGAGCAUUGGCCAGCGCUACUUUGGAGUGUUCGACGAGAAUGCCCCGUAUGAAAGAUUGGUCUUCGUGGUGCGCCGGAGAUCGACUGCCGAAGCCGCCAGAGAGUGGACUGGCGUUACCACUGGUGCAAAGAAAAUGAAACUGGCGAAUUAUUUUAAUCGCCAAUUCACUGACCACAUCAGCACCCAGAAUGGCGUCCAUGUGGAGAAUGAGGAGAAGAAUGUUCCAAGCCGAUGGACUUGGACUGUCCCGAGUGAUGCAUCCAGAAUGAGCAUGGGCAUUAUCCGAAUGUCAACGGACGAUGCAAUGAGCUAUGCCCAGAGUUGCCCCCAGCUCCUCUGCCUCGCCGAAAUGAUGGACUGGAAUCGAUUGGCCACCCUUCCGAACAGUGGCCUGACCGAAUGGCGACUGAUGGGACACACCAUGGUUCCGACUGUUCAAGCCUAUGGCUCAGGAUUGGAGCAUGACUGUUCCACCUGGGACGAAAUGUAUGGCGUCGCGAAUGCUUUGAGCCCUGGAGCGGAAGUUGUUCUCCGCAUGAAUGCGAAUGCCAAGGCCGGCAAGAAGUGA